GCUCCCGCUGCGCCCUCGCCAUGGGGCAGGGCACCCCGGGACAGUGGCUGGGACCACUUCGUCUCCAACGGCCGUGCUGGAGUCUAGGGUGCUGGGACACAGCCAGGCUCAGCAUCUUCCUCUGGGGCUCAGCACCCCGUCCCCCUCCUGCCGGCUUCCCCUGGCCCCCAGGAAUUCCCCCACUGCAGGGGGAGGGGUGACCUUGCCAACGGGCAGGAUGGGGCCGGAGCUGCCGGACUGCGUGGGGCUGGUGGGUGGCACGGCCGCGCUUCCCCUGGGAAGCAGCCCCGUGCUCACGGCAGAGGUGACACCGCUGUUUUUGACCCCACACUUCCUCCUCCGUGGCGCUGUCGCUGCGCUCAGCCCUCCCGCCUGCUUCGAACGCGCUUUGCAAGGCAGGUUGUGCGGGGCAGAAUCCUCUCUGCCCCCCCCCUGCCGCUGCUGGCCCACGUCCCGUGGUGGGGCAACAGGGCAGGAGGGUGCAAGAUGCAAAGGGCCCCCGCCACCGGUAAGGGCGGAGCGGGGCGCGGGGCGCAGCCGGGGCUCAGGGUCCCCCGCCACCCCGCAGCCUCCUCCGCGCCGGGCCGGCGGUGCCAUGGGCUUCGGGCCGGAGCUGUGGUGCCCGCAGGGGCACAGCGCGCUGCUGCGGCUGCAGGAUGGCGAGCUGCGGCUCCUGGAGCUGAUGAAGAAGUGGAUGUCGCAGCGCGCCAAGAGCGACCGGCAGUACGCGGGGAUGCUGCACCACAUGUUCUCCCAGCUGGAGAAGCAGGAGGGCCCCGGGCAGCUCCAUGCCGGUGACCACGGCGGUCAGAUGGCGGAGUCCUGGUGGGUGCUGGCGAGCCGGACGGAGACGCUGAGCCAGAUCCUGCGGCGGCACGCGGAGGAGCUGGCGGCAGGGCCGCUGGCCAAGCUGAGCCUGCUGAUCCGCGACAAGCAGCAGCUCCGCAAAGCCUUCAGCGAGCAGUGGCAGCAGCUCAGCCAGGAGUACGCCCGGACCACGCAGCAGGAGAUGGAGAAGCUGAAGGCGCAGUACCGCAGCCUGGCACGGGACAGUGCCCAGGCCAAGCGCAAGUACCAGGAGGCCAGCAAAGACAAGGAGCGGGACAAGGCGAAGGAGAAGUACGUGCGCAGCCUCUGGAAGCUCUACGCCCUGCACAACCAGUACGUGCUGGCCGUGCAGGCGGCCACGCUUCACCACCAACACCACUACCAGCGUGUGCUGCCCAGCCUCCACCAGUCCCUCUACAGCCUGCAGCAGGAGAUGGUCCUUGUCCUGAAGGAGAUCCUCAGGGAAUACUACAGCAUCAGCAGCCUGGUGCAGGAGGACGUGCUGGCCGUGCACCAGGAAAUCGCCAGCGCUAUCCAGGCCAUUGACCCGGCCACCCAGUACAGCGGCUUCGUCCAGAGCCACAGGUACGGCUCCGAGGUGCCGCCGGCCGUGUCCUUCGACGAGAGCUUGCUGGAGGAGACGGAGGGCCUGGUGCCAGGGGAGCUGCAGCUGAACGAGCUGACCAUCGAGAGCGUCCAGCACUCCCUGUCGUCGGUCGAAGAGGAGCUGGCGGCCACCGCGGAGGCCGUGAGCAGCAAGGAGCAGCGGGUGCGGGAGCUGCAGGCGGAGAUCAGGGGCGAGGAGCAGGGCCGGAGCCCUGGGGAGCGGGUGCACUUGCUGGGCAAGCGGCAGGGGCUGCAGGAGCUGCAGCAGCAGCUCGAGGGCUGCCUCUGCACCCAGGCCAAGCUGCAGGCGCAGCGGGACCUGCUGGCGGGGAAGCUGGGGGAGCUGGGGACCGGGGAGCCCCUGCCCGCCCUGCCUCUGCAGGAGGACCGCCAGUCGGUCUCGUCCGUGGAGCAGGAGCGGAGCGGGGCCACCGCGCUGGAGACCCUCAAGAACCACAUCUCGGGCAUCUUCAGCCCCAAGUACUCGCUGCCGCCCCCCGUGCCCCUGAUCCCGGACGUGCAGAAGCCGCUGUGCCAGCAGGUCUGGUACCACGGGGCCAUCCCGCGCGUGGAGGUGCAGGAGCUGCUGACCUGCAGCGGGGACUUCCUGGUGCGGGAGAGCCAGGGCAAGCAGGAGUACGUGCUCAGCGUGCUGUGGGACGGGCAGCCGCGGCACUUCAUCAUCCAAGCGGCCGACAACAUGUACCGGCUGGAGGGGGAGAGCUUCCCCACCAUCCCACUGCUCGUCGAGCACCUCCUGCAGAGCCAGCAGCCCAUCACUCGGAAGAGCGGGAUCAUCCUGGCCAGGGCCGUGCCCAAGGACAAAUGGGUGCUCAAUCACGAGGACGUGCUGCUGGGGGAGCGCAUCGGCCGGGGAAACUUUGGGGAGGUGUUCAGCGGCCGCCUGCGUGCUGACAACACCCCUGUGGCUGUGAAAUCGUGCCGGGAAACCCUCCCACCCGAACUCAAGGCCAAGUUCCUGCAGGAAGCCAGGAUCCUCAAGCAGUACAACCACCCGAACAUCGUCCGGCUCAUCGGCGUCUGCACCCAGAAGCAGCCCAUUUACAUCGUCAUGGAGCUGGUGCAGGGGGGGGACUUCCUGAGCUUCCUGCGCAGCGAGGGGCCACACCUGCGGGUGAAGGACCUGAUCAAGAUGACGGAGAACGCUGCCGCCGGCAUGGAGUACCUGGAGAGCAAGCACUGCAUCCACAGGGACCUGGCCGCUCGCAACUGCCUGGUGACGGAGAAGAACGCCCUGAAGAUCAGCGACUUCGGGAUGUCGCGGGAGGAGGAGGAUGGCGUCUACGCCUCCACGGGAGGGAUGAAGCAGAUCCCUGUCAAGUGGACCGCCCCUGAAGCACUCAAUUACGGCCGAUACAGCUCGGAGAGCGACGUCUGGAGCUUUGGGAUCCUGCUGUGGGAAGCCUUCAGCCUGGGUGCUGUCCCCUACACCAACCUCAGCAACCAGCAAACGCGAGAGGCGGUGGAACAGGGCGUGCGGCUGGACCCCCCCGAGCAGUGCCCCGAGGAGGUGUACCGGCUGAUGCAGCGCUGCUGGGAGUACGACCCCCACAAGCGGCCCAGCUUCAGCAUCAUCCACCAGGACCUCAUCGGCAUCCGCAAGCGGCACCGGUGAGGGGUGGCUCCAGGCCCAGGGCCGUGCCCCGCAUCCGUCCUGCCAGCAGCGGCCGUCCCUCGGGCCCGGGAACCGGGGGGCUGCGGGGCGGCCGGCCGCGGCUGUGCCCCCUCCAGCCCGGGGCAGGGGCUCCUGCCCACCCUGGGGACGCGGCACCCACUCUGGGCUUGGUCCUGUGUAAUAAAUGAACCAGCUCUGCA